UCUCGUCACCGUCGGGGGAAUUCUUCGCUACGUUCGGCAUGGGUGAAUCUAUUGGACAACGUGAUAACAUCAGACAAACUGGCAUUCAUAAAUAUUGUACGGGGAAAAUGGUGUACAUUAACGUCGCCGUUUGCCUGUCAGUUCUUCUGCUUGUGAUCGGAUUAUCCGUGGGUCUGAGCGUAAACACCUUCAAAGGACGAGAUGCGCUCGACUCGGCACCUCUUAUCGAUGGCCACAACGAUUUACCAUACAAUUUAUAUAGCAAGUUGAACAACCACUUAUCGACUUUCCGUUUCGAAGAUGAUUUAAGCAACGACGAUGUCUGGGGAAAAACCGUCUGUUCCUCGUGUUUCACCGAUCUACCUCGUCUGACUAAAGGAAAAGUGGGUGGACAGUUCUGGGUGGCAUACGUAUCGUGUGAUUCGCAAUACAAGGAUGCCGUACAGCUAACGUUACGACAGAUCGACGUGAUUCGACGAUUUAUUCAGCGAUAUCCAAACAAUUUGCAAUUGGUCACUGUCGCGGGGGACAUCGAAACCACGUGGAGGAGCGGCAAAAUAGCGUCCAUGAUAGGCGUCGAGGGCGGCCACUCCCUUGAUUCGAGCUUAGCGGUUCUGAGACUCUAUUAUCACCUCGGGGUUCGUUACGUUACCCUGACUCAUGGCUGCAAUACACCGUGGGCUGAUGCAUCACCUGUGAAUGAAGGAAAUGUUUACAAUCUAACGGAAUUCGGACAGGCGAUUGUUUAUGAAAUGAAUCGAAUUGGAAUGCUGGUUGAUCUGGCUCACACCUCUCAUAACGUUAUGCGGGAAGUGCUCGCAAUAACAAAAGCUCCCGUCAUGUUCUCGCAUUCGUCCGCUUUUAGCAUAUGCAACCACUACAGGAACGUUCCCGAUGAUGUUCUGCAGUUAGUCAAAAAGAAUAAUGGUAUUGUUAUGGUAAACUUCUACAACAACUUCGUGAACUGCAAUUCUUCAAGGAACGCGACGAUAGAGGAUGUCAUAAAACAUAUAAAUCACAUUCGAAAUCUUAUCGGACCAGACCAUGUCGGUAUCGGCGCAGAUUAUGAUGGUGUAAUCUCAGUGCCAGUGGGAUUGGAAGACGUCUCCAAGUAUCCCGAUCUAUUCGACCGUUUAUAUGAGAGUCAAAAGGGAGAGCCAACAUGGACCAAAGAGGAUUUAGAAAAAUUGGCUGGCAGGAAUUUUAUUCGGGUUUUGCAAGCUGCAGAAGGGGUGCGGGACUCAUUAUCAUCUGAAUCGCCUCGGGAAGAUACUAUAACGGGUAAUGAAUUAUAUGUCGCGCAAAAGAAAGAAGGACUCACGCCAGGCUCAUGUCAAACCGGAAUUGAAUGGAUCCAAUUAAAGACAACAGAUAUUGAACAAUCUGACUCAAGUACUACUACGAAAACAAUUGUUAAAAUAGAGACCUCGUGA